UGCUAAUAAACAAGCACAGAGAGAGAGAGAGAAAGAAAGAAGAAUGUCUAUGCUGCAGGCUUUGAAAAGUAUGACACAAAAUCUGAGGAAUGCAAGACUUAGAGAGUUGGUAGCUUGCAGACCUAGUUUGCAAAGCCUUGCGUUUAGUUCAAAGGCAGCUGCUGCGGCAAGGGACAGGGCAAAUAAGCUUCAAAAAGCCAGAAAAAUUGCAAGAGAGAAGGCAAGAGCAUACGAUCAAUGGUUCUCUGAAAUUGUUAAGGCGAAGAAGAUAGUCAAGCCUCAUCUGGAUAAAGUAAAAGAAUCAAUGAAAACACAAUAUGGAACGCUAGGAAAUAUGUUAAAGGACGGCGGUGACAUCCGUAUCCCAGUUAGCAAGCUUCUUGAUGAUGCAGUUACAAAGUGCUUAGUCUUUGGUACUGCAAGCGGUCAGCGUCAAGACAACGUAGACCUAAUUCUUGCACUAGGAGACAAAAUUGUAGAAUAUCAGAAGAAGCUUAAAGAUAAACAAUUUGUAGACAUCGAAGGAGCAGUCAAGAUAAUCACACUAAUUGAUUGUCUAAUCUCAAAGGAUCAGUUAGAGCUCGUAAAGGUUAUUCCUAACAGAGACGGUGAUUUUCGGUUUCAAACGAUGACUACAUACAACGAUGCCCUGGCAGUUGGAAAAUAUUCGGAGAACUUGAACAAGGACGACGUGAAUACGGAAUUGGCGGAUGACGGUGAUUCAUUCGUUAUCCUUUUCCUUGCAUUCAAGGCGUGGGUCUUGAAGAUCAAGAGAGUGCACUUGUGCCCUCCAUUCUCUUUUUUUCCUUAAGAGUAUGUUUAGUGGAUUUUGCCCACCUUUAAAUUAAUAAUGUCUGAAAACUAAAACAGCUAGUUACGUUUGUGGGUUGUCUUUGGAAUUAUGAUUCUUGAUAACGUGUUAUCGAAAAUUGUUUAUUUUGAUCUUUUCUCAUAUAUUAAAGGUUCUUGCUUUAU